AUGAACGAACAGAAGCGAUCCAGCGUCUUUGCCGACUUACUCAGAAACCCAGCCACCAACUCGUUCCCUGGGCUCAUGCUCUACCCCGACCCUCCCCCAAUCCCCAACGUCGUCUUUCCCGUAAUAUCACCGCCUGAUCCCCAUCCUCAACCUCCCAUACCCACAGGAACCCCUUAUCGCGGUGUUCCCGAAUAUCCUUCUGGUGGCUUUAUGGACGUUGCACUCCUGGGAGUAACAUGUCAGGCUAAUAGAAUGCCCAACUUCCCAGCGUCGAUUCCAAUUGCAGUCGGUGUGAUCCGUCUGUUUAGGAAGGCGACGUAUCGAGACGAGGCCGCGGUAGUCAGAGGAUGUGGAUGUAUGCCCCUCGAAAGUCCGAUCCAAAUCGAGUCCUUUGUCGCAUCCACAAACCACGCUGUUGCCUUCUAUACCGCCGCCAAUUGCGAGGGACCGCCCUACUUCCAGCGCUUCAACAUGCACUAUGAUGUCGAGCCCAACAUGGUCGCCAACAGUAUCAAGAUUAUCCAAGGAGUCGUCGAACCUCUUCCCUCACCCCAGAACGGUGGCCUCCUGCGCUAA